UCCGGUUCUCACAAGAAAUGGCUUCACUUGACAGAGUUAAAGUUCUAGUUUUAGGUGAUUCAGGAGUGGGAAAGUCCUCCUUGGUCCAUCUGCUUUGCCAGAAUCAAGUAUUAGGGAAUCCGUCGUGGACUGUGGGAUGCUCUGCGGAUGUGCGGGUUCAAGACUAUAAGGAGGGAACGCCAGAUGAGAAAACCUUCUAUAUUGAACUGUGGGAUGUUGGAGGAUCUGCCGGCAGUGCCAGCAGUGUCAAAAGCACGCGAGCAGUCUUCUACAAUUCGGUCAAUGGAAUCAUCUUGGUACAUUAUCUGACAAAUAAGAAAUCCUCUCAGAAUCUCUACCGCUGGUCUCUGGAAGCUAUGAACAGGGAUUCCUCUCCAACAGGAGACUGUACCAACCCCAGAUAUCUUGCUGCAGGCACAUCAAAUGCAGUGAAACUCAGCAAGUUCUUUAACAAGGUAAUCAAAAAGAGAUAUUUUACAAGGGAUCCAAGUCAGAUGACCGGUUUCACAGACAGUAAACGGUUCAACUUCAAAAGCUUGCACUAUGACUGAGCCAGGAAUGCAACUGAGAGGAGCAUCAGCCAUGGAUGACGCGCAU